GCGCGUGCGCAGAGGCGCCGGAGACCGCUCGGCGCGGUUGCCAUGGAGUCGGAAGGGGCCUACGAGCCGGGCUUCGUGGGAAUCCGCUUUUGCCAGGAAUGCAACAACAUGCUGUACCCGAAGGAGGACAAGGAGAACCGGAUCCUGCUCUACGCGUGCCGGAACUGCGACUACCAGCAGGAAGCUGACAACAGCUGCAUCUACGUCAACAAGAUCACCCACGAAGUGGAUGAAUUAACACAGAUCAUUGCUGAUGUCUCUCAGGAUCCCACUCUGCCCCGGACGGAGGAUCACCCCUGUCAGAAGUGUGGCCACAAAGAAGCCGUCUUUUUCCAGUCUCACAGCGCGAGGGCUGAGGAUGCCAUGCGCCUCUACUAUGUCUGCACAGCCCCCCACUGCGGUCACCGUUGGACAGAGUGAAACCCUGCCAGGCCUCUUCCUGUCUCCCGGCCACAGAUGGCUUCCCCACUGCGAUUCUCCGCUAUUUAUCCGUUCAGCCUGUCUGAAUUGUCCUUUGCUCUAAUAAAUGGUUUAUUUUUUA